GCUCGAACUCAUUCGGAGUCGAAAGCUAACAGAGGCAGGAGCGACUGCAUCUCGCUUGUAUCGAAACAAAUACCGAACUUUUUAUCGUUAUGACUUUACGCAUUGUUGAUAGCCGUUUCAUAUUCGUUUAUGUUCAGUAACUACAAUUUUAUACGUAUUGACAUUUGAAAGUUCUUCUACAUUUUUUCUAAUACUGUGUAAUUUAAUUGUUUUCGUUAAGUGUUUUUGUUAGCAGACUGUGUUUUGGUGCCCGAGAAGACAAACUUUCGUCAAAAUUAAGGGGUAUAGACGGGGAUAGAUCGUAAUUUGAAAAUCAGGCAAUGACAUCUGCAGUCCAAACUAUAUCGAAUAGGUCAACUCUUCGACGCUUCAGACCUUCCUUGGUAGGUAAAAUCUCGGCCUAACGGCCUUAUGAUGACGAUGGAUGUGUCGAAGACUGAGGCAACGAAAUCAACGCCUGGGCAGACGUCUCAAGAGUGUGCAGGAUGUCUUAAACCUAUUACUGAACGAUUUCUACUCAAAGCUCUCGACAUGUUUUGGCAUGAAGACUGUCUUAAAUGUGGAUGUUGUGAUUGUAGACUUGGUGAAGUUGGUUCAACCUUGUAUACCAAGGCGAAUUUAAUUUUAUGCAAACGAGACUAUUUAAGACUUUUCGGUAAUACCGGUUAUUGUGCCGCCUGUUCAAAAGUUAUACCUGCUUUCGAAAUGGUCAUGAGAGCUAGAAGUAACGUGUAUCAUUUAGAAUGCUUUGCCUGUCAACAAUGUAAUCAUAGAUUUUGUGUUGGAGAUCGAUUUUAUUUAUGUGAGAAUAAAAUCCUUUGCGAGUAUGAUUAUGAAGAGCGACUAGUUUUUGCAAAUAUGGCUUACAAUCCCCCGCCCUUAUCUCAUCUUAAACGACAAACUUCUAUACCUCCGGUAUCUCUUCCUAAUCAUCUUAUUAAUGGCCAUCGCCCGCUUGUACCAUCAUCAAAUGGAGAUUUAAACAACAAUAUGGGAUCUGGUCAACCCCCACCCAGCUCAAUAGCAAAUCAAAAUUUUCAAAAUGUUGGCCAUUUAAAAAGCGGAUCGCUCUCAUUAGGAGCUGCUAGCUGAAGAAAGUAUUAGUUACUGUGAUUUAACUUUUUAAUUUGUUGUUACUUUGUUUAAAAAAGAAUUGGAUGAACAGAUAUCAAGUCUCUCGAAUAAUAAUGUGAAAAUAAAUCUAUCGAAAUGGUUUUCCUUCUUUUCAUGUAGAAAAUAUUGUAGCCACAGCAAGAAUUUAAUAAAAAAUAAUACAACAAGAACCAAAAUGACGGAAGCACAGAUACUUCUGAAAAUCAAAUUUAUAAGCAAGCUUCAGUCUUUGCAAUGGGACUCCCAUUCCUUCCUUUUUAGCAGAUUUAUUUACAGGCAGUUCCGGAAAUAAAUUCUUGGGGAUUGGGAUCAAUUGGUCGUAAGUAAAUUGGUCGAAUUUUUAGAAGAAAGAAUAUAUCAACCUGGCAUAUAAAAUAAGACGAUGCCAGAUUGAAUUAAUUUUGAGAGAAAUGAAGUAUCCCUUAAAAAAUAGGUGUAAAGUAUAUUGGCAGAACUAAGAGUAGAAAAUGCUCAUCCAAUUCUUCCGUAUUUGUCAUAGACUGUAUAUAGUAAAAUAGGUUGUAAAUUAAUGCUCAAAAUGUAUACCACUAUUAAAAGAUGUGCAAUAUCAUGUGUUAGAGUUUUCAGACAUUCCACUAUUGAUAACUAGUUCCUUCAAUAAAAACAUUCAAUAAAUCAGUGAAUGCACCAAUUUCGCUUUGUAUAUUGUCCAACAGUCUCUAGAAACUCGCUUUUUUUGUAUACAAGAUUUGAUUGAUUAUUCUUGCCAUAACACUGAAAAUUCAUAUCUCAAAUGAAAAUCACUUUAUCUAUUGAAAUAGUAUUUCAAACAGGAAAAUCAAUGUAUGGAAUAACUUUAAGAAAAUGUUUUCAUCAAUAUACUAAUACAAUACUGAGUUUCAUAGUUCGUUUCAAGAUUUUUCGUCUUGACUAAAUGCGAAUCGACAAUAAUCUCUGAAAUCCGUGAAUUGUAAACAAUAGAGUCGUAUUGUAAAGUAAAUAUUCCAACAUAAAAUUAUUGAAUUGUAUCCCAUCCAUCUCAUAUUUAUUUAAUUUUUACUUAAAUUAAUCUACGUUGAUAACCAAGUAGUUCACAGCAACAUUUCUAAUUAGGUAAGAAUCUUCAUUUCUUUCAAUGGAAAUAUUUACUGACGCAUUUCUCACCAAUUCUGCAACGUUUGCAGUUAACCCACGUGGAUUUUACAGAGUAUGGACGCAGUCACAAUCACAAAGUAUCAUUCGUAAUAUCACAAAAGUAUCUACUAUUUUCAAUAUCAAACGUUGCUAAUAUCAUUACAAGAUAAGCAAAAUUGUAGCUUUCCGCAAAAUUCAUGUCAUUACUCCACAAGUAUACUUACUUGAAUUUAUUUUUUAUAAUCUUUUCUGUUUGGUUUUCUAUUAAGUGUGUUGAUGUGCGUUUCCGAAAUAUUCGUAAGAAUUGAAACUAAUUUUCAGAAAAUUAAGCCUUGUUAUUCUAAUGGUAGCUCAAACUUGAAUCUUCAAUGCAUUUAGAAUCCAUCUUUCUUUUAUUCCAUCUACACAUCUUGAUAAGUUUUUUUCUUUUUUAUAAUUAUUCUGUUCGACAUUCUUUAAACAAAUAUAUUUCGAAUAUCAUGCGUGUAAACCCAUGUCCAAUAAAGAUGGGAAAAAUUUUCAAUUCUAUACUUUUUCAUGUCUAUUAAGUAUAUCCUUGAACUGUGCGCCUAUUAACUUUAAUUAUUCUCAAAGUGUUAAAACUAGAUCUGUGAGAGAAUCAUGGAUGAACUCAUCAUCAUGAACUUUUGCUCUUGGUAUAACAUAUAUAACAUUCUUUUCAAAUUCUUCUACACCUUUCUCAUUUCAUUUUUGCAUCUUUUAUUGUAUUUUAUAUCGAUUAAUCACCUAAUUAUACCGGGUUUGGUAAAAAUAGGCGGAACAUCGAAUUUGAGGCUUAAUGAGGACUUUUAUCAAAAUUGUCCCAAACAAUUUUUUUUAUAGAUUAUCUCUUUCAGAUAUAUUUUUAAGAUAUGAUGUCAUCUGGUAACAAUUUACAUACAUUACCCUGUAUUUGUAAUUUUUUUGAGUAAAUAUGAUAUUGCUGAGUUAUAAGCUAGAGUUAUAAAAGGCUUAGUGGGUUUCUGAUUUAUGGAUUACGAUUUAACAAUAACAAAUUCAAUGAUAAGGUGAAAUCUUCAUUUAAUACUGAAUAAACAAAAAUUCAAAAUUCAUAUUUUCUAUUUAUAAUAGUUGUUUGAAGGGACGUUUGUAAUUUUGAAUCAUUUCAGGUGUUAUAACCUCUUUUUACCAAUCUCUGCGGAAAUACAAUGUUCAGGUAUUGUCCAACCCUAGCAGCAUAAUGAGGUGGCGUACCAUCGGGUUAGAUUUUGUACUGAUCUCGUAAGAGUUGUAAAUAUCUAUCACCAUUUUAUUGUGUCCCUCAUGAAAAAGGAUCCAAUUAUUAUUCCUCUAUUUUACACCAAACGUGUAUAUUAUAUAUAACGAUCUUCCAUCCAAUGCUGAUAUUAUCGGUUCAAUAGCGGUAAUUAUGUUGAUUUCCAAAGACGUUAUCCAUAAAUGUAUUGUUCGCAUCAAAUUGAUUCAUAAUUGCUUCGUAAAACUUCAAUCGCUUCACAGGAUCAUCUUCAUUCAAUACUUGGUAUAAUUGCACAUUAAGUAUCCUUCAAGUAACCUUUUUACAGAUCUUUCACUACGAUCCAUAUUUGAUAUAAGUUUUUAUAUUGAAUCUUUAAGCUUUUGCUGCAGACUUUGAAUUGCAUAGGGCUCAUUAUAUUGAUUUGUAACUGUUCUUAUUCAUCCACAACUGUAAGUAUAUUUCACAUUGCACAUUUUCAUUAAAUUUCCUCAAGUUUCAACACAAUGUAGAUUUCGAAAUACGUGAAAUUCUGUCAGGAUAUGUAUCAUUAAACAAAUCGGCGACUUCUUCCACGAUUUCUCUAUCUUCAUAGCCAAAAAUCAACAAUAAAAGUAAAUCUUCCAUCUUCACUUAGUUACUUAGUUUCGAUAUCAUUAAUAGUGUAAUCAUUUCAGAUAUCAUGUAAAUUGUGGUAAAUAAAACAAACUGUAGUUUCAAAUUCAAUUUUGUUAUUCGAACGUACGUUUUUACAAGGAUAAAUUCGGAAUAAAUGUAAUUUGACACAAACUUUAAAAUUGAUAAAUAUUUUAGUGUGCCUGCGAUAAUUACUUAAGAGAUUAAUAUUAGACUAGCAGUUGACUUGAUGUUCAACCAUAAUACGUAAGUCGCACUAAACCUGAUGUCAGUAAAUUUAGCAUCAUAUCUACUGAAAAAAGUAUAAAUAUAGGAUGAUGCAUUUAAAAUAUUAACUGUUGACGUCACAUCUGGAAAAUGAGACACAGCAGAAAAUCUGCGAACACAAUGAGAUAGUAUACAAACUAUACAAAAAAAUGUAUUUGAGACACUUUUUUAUAACUAGGCAGCAAAUUCGAAGCUCCAACCAUUUUUCCCGACCUCGUAUACUGAAAUUAUUGUUUGAAAUUAAUAGUUUCUAGGUAAAAAUAAUUAUUUUCAUAUUAUAUUUUAUGAUAAGUAUUCUAGUAGUACUUAUACUUCGCUUUACUAUUUAUUUUGGAUUACCAACCACUUCCUCAGGGAUUAUUACAGGUAACUAAUGUUUAUUGCAAAUAAAAAGAAAUAUCUUGGAACGAAUUAUACUUAUAUAUCGAGUUGAAAUUAUAAAACGGAACGGCAUCCUAUUUUCGAAACGAUCCUAUGAAAUUUUAUUUUGAAUGGAGCAGAAAAUAAAAUUUUUUGUUACUAUUUUCUAUAGAAAUAACUUGAUUGAUUAAUGACAUUAAAAUUUAUAUGUUGAUGUAGGUACGGACUAUUUUAAAAAAUAUUUUUAUCAGCAUUGAAAAAAUAAUUUCACAAAUUGGUCAAGUUAUAUAUCAUUUCAGAAAACAGGAUGUUAGUAUUAAAUUUUAUUUUUAAAAUACCUAUAUUAAAUCCUCACAAAAAAAUGAUUUAUUCAAAAUCAUAGAUACUGUUUAAACUGAAGCCAGAAUAUACAGUUUGAUAAUUGCAUGAUUUUCUUGGUACCAAUAAAAAUAAUUCAUUCCAAUUUCCCAAUAACCAAAGAAUAACUAUUAAAUUAAUGAUAUUCUCAAUGAAAAUGACAAUUUUGUUUAAUACUUAUAUCGAUUUAAAAUUCACAUAUAACUAAUUUAUUGACAUGACAUAGUAAUGUAAAUUCAGUAUAUGAAAUAUUCUUGUACCAAUAUUUACCUUUGAUUAAUGUACCAAAGAGGACAAAAUAGUUAUUCACACAGCCGUGAUUAAAUGUCAGUGUGUAGUUUUUAUUAAGAUUGUAUUUCCACGAGAAUUAUGUAAAAAUUUAGAACUAUUCCACAAUUCAAAUUGCCUUUCAAAAUAUUAGAUGAUGAAGAGAGAUGAAUGGAGGCAAUCCAGAUAUAUAAGUAGGAAAUUAAAACGUAUUACUAUAAACUUAGAUAAUCCAGAGUUCCAACGCAUACGUUAUCUUUUCUUCUUUGGGAGUUAUGGCUGGAAAGGAAAAUAUUGGUGGUGGCUAAUCAUUUACGAUCUUUGUUCUUCCAUUAACAAUCGGUGAGCUUAGGAAGGGGCCUCUUCUAAUAUUCCGUAUUGUUCACCAUCGCAAGAUUUUUACAUAAGUGCAAUGGAAUCCUCGGUAUCAGUUAUCGCUGUUUCGAUAUUGGAUUUUGCCCUUUAAUUGCUAAUACCUGUAAAUUCAUGUGAAUUAAGGACAUUUUAUUUAUAUUUCUUUGAUCUCUUCUGAUAAUAAAUUUGGUUAAAGCAAUAUCGUAAAUGGGAUAUUACUUUUGAGUAUAAGCUGUAGAGGCCUUUAUAGAAUACUAUUUUCUUGUUAUUCUGUUAACGUGGUGCAACAGAUAACUGUCAGUGGAUAUAUCUUGGCGAAGGCGACGACCGACCUCUAGUAUGCUUGAAGAUAACUGCCAAUAGUGUCAUCACUUGGCAAUCAGAGGAUCUUUCCUCCUUAUUCGGAUGGUAUAUUCCUGCAUAAUACCUUACACACAUACACACAAUUGAUUGAGUAUGGAGACAACUCCAAUAAAGCUCAGUUCUGUGUGAGGUUAAGCGCUGCCAGUUGAGGUUAUUUGAAUUUUUCUACAACCAAUUUACAGCAUCUUUACAACCUAUUGGUUGCUAAUUCCUUUUAAACGCGCUAGACCAACUUUACAUAUUAUUAUCAAUUGUGGGAUUAUACGAUGGUGACUACUUAAGUUUAUAGAUACACAAAUAAAAACAAAUAUUUAUAACUGGAUAUGGCUAUAUUAUAUUUCAAAAUAUUUUCCUUUAGAUCAAUACACUUUUGCACGCGUUAGAACCAAUUGUCGAAGCAUUUUUUCCAUUCGGAUUGAUGUAACUUCAAAACAUGUGCUUUAAACGCAUCAACUGUGUAUAGAAAAACGUUGACCUAGCAUUUUAUUUUUGAUCUACGGAGAAAUAAUUGGGUGCCAAACAAUUCAACGUCUUGAUUGCUUGAAAACAUUUUUGUUUGAACUGAUGUGUAAGAGCUCGCAUUGUCCUAGUGAAGAAUUUCUUUGCACAAAUCGACAUGGCUUUUUUUGAACAAUUGUCAAAUUAUGCAGUGUCCAACGCGAACAAACUUUUAGUCAAUUGUUUAUGAAAUUAUCAAUGUAUGCGAGCGGAACUACUGCCCAAGUAUGCCUAAAAAUCACAGUUUACGCAUAGCAUCGAUGUUUUGUGGCACAACAGUUGAUUUUGGGUGACCUGAUACAUCCUGCUGUUGGAUCAAUCCACGUCGAAUGUCAUUGAAAAUCAUCGCACGAAAAUGUAUAAUUUAAUUUUUUGACAAAGAUGAAUGUUUCUGCAGUAUCUGUAAACAACUAAAAUAGACAAUAAGACAACAAGAUAUUCCCAUUCACAAAACGUAAGUAGCAAUCCACAUAUCUUGAAUUUUUUCUGUACUCUAACUACAAAUUAAGUGUUUUUUGCUUCUAAUUAUGAUUCUACUGUUUACGUAUCACAAAACAUCGAAAUUCUCUUAUUUUAGAAACAUGUGUAUUGUUCAAUUUCAGAUUUUAAAUGAAUGUAUUCAAGUUAUAAUGAAUCUAAGAUAUUUAUACUUAUCUUUCGGGAUUUUUUUUAAAUUUAGUUACUCCAGUUUUUUUCAAAAUUAAUAAGAAUCCCAUCUUUAUGACUAAAUUUGUUUAAUACUUGGAACCUCGAAAUUAUAUUUUUAUAUGCUGACUAAUAUAACAAUCAAUAUACAAACAAAACCUACUUAUUAUGAAAAUUAUACACUGACAACCACUGUAAUUGCAAUUGAUUGGUUAAUAAAAGAAUAAUGGAAGAAUCGGUAGAUGAGUUGAGUGAAAAUCUGACUCCGCUCGUAAUUAUAAAUAUCCAUAUGUAUUUUCUUAUAUAUUACUUAAAAAUUGUCUUAGUUAUUAAAAGUAGAUAAAACUGCCUAUUUUGUUCAUUAUAAGUUAUUGAACUAUUUUACAUUACUGUUUAUUGUAUUUCAAAAAAGUGCCAAUAUAUUUUUAUUUUCAUUUGCAGUACAAAAUUAAAAAUGUACACAAUAUUAUACCAAAUGAAUUACCAAAGGUAAUGAUAAAUAAAUUAUAUCCAAAGA